GGCCCAUAUUAACACAUAUAAGAGCGAUUCCAAUUAGGGUUUUUCAUCGGAGAGGUUUUCGUCACAGCACGGACACGAGCUUUAGCACUAGCAGCAAUGGCUCCCAAAAAAGGUGUUAAAGCUCCAGUUGCAGCUUCUAAGAAGAAGCCUGAGAAGGUUACAAACCCGCUUUUCGAGAAGCGUCCAAAACAGUUUGGGAUCGGUGGUGCAUUGCCGCCGAAGAGGGAUUUGACGAGAUUCGUGAAAUGGCCUAAGACUGUUCAGAUUCAGAGGAAAAAGAGGAUUUUGAAGCAGAGGUUGAAGGUUCCACCAGCUUUGAACCAGUUCACCAAAACCCUUGACAAAAACCUAGCCACAAGCUUGUUCAAGAUACUUCUGAAGUACAGGCCUGAGGAUAAGCAAGAAAAGAAGGAGAGGCUAUUGAAGAAGGCUCAGGCAGAGGCUGAGGGAAAAACAGUUGAAACUAAGAAGCCCAUUAAUGUGAAAUUUGGUCUUAAACAUGUUACCUGGCUUAUUGAGCAGAACAAAGCCCAGCUUGUUGUGAUUGCUCAUGAUGUGGACCCAAUUGAAUUGGUUGUCUGGCUUCCAGCAUUGUGCAGGAAGAUGGAAAUUCCAUACUGUAUUGUCAAGGGCAAGGCCCGUCUUGGAACUGUUGUCCACAAGAAAACCGCAUCUGUUUUGUGCUUGACAACUGUUAAAAAUGAAGAUAAAAUGGAGUUCAGCAGGGUCCUUGAGGCGAUCAAGGCAAACUUCAACGACAAAUAUGAUGAGUAUAGGAAGAAGUGGGGUGGUGGAAUCAUGGGUUCCAAAUCCCAAGCCAAAACCAAGGCGAAGGAAAGGCUCAUUGCCAAGGAGGCUGCCCAGAGGAUGACCUAGGAGUUGUGCUAUAUUUUGUUGCUUGCAUAUGCCCUUUUUGUGUUGUUUACUUAAAUUGAAGUAUUUUUGUAGUUUGGUUUUUGGAAUUAUCAUCACAGAAACAUUUUUUAUUUACAAUUCAGAGUAUUUUUUCUUUAAA